AAGUCGAUCGCCAACCGCAUCAAGGCGAAGGGGCUGCAGAAGCUGCGAUGGUACUGCCAGAUGUGCAACAAGCAGUGCCGCGACGAGAACGGGUUCAAGUGCCACUGCAUGUCGGAGUCGCACCAGCGGCAAAUGGCGAUGUUCUCGGAGAACUCGGGCAAGUACAUGGACGAAUUCUCGCGCGAGUUUGAGGAAGGGAUGAUGGAGAUCAUUGGCCGCAAGGCGCGCUCGCAGCGGUGCAGCGCAAACGUCGUCUACCGCGAGUACAUUGCGAACCGGCACCACUUCCACAUGAACUCGACGAUAUGGGAGACGCUGACCGACUUCAUCAUGUACCUCGGCCGCGAGGGCAAGUGCGAGGUCGACGAGACCGAGAAGGGCUGGUUCGUGACGUAUGUCGACCGCGACCCCGAGAAGCUGCGCAAGCUGGAGGAGCGAGCGAAGCGCGAGCGGACCGAGCUCGACUCGUCGGAGAGG